AUGGGAGUUGUACUGUCUACACUGUCGUUCGACAAGAGGAGGGGAAGAGGUCUGGACGACGUCACUGAGGCUCCGCUUGAUAUCAACUCGCACAGGAGACUUCCUAAUAUGAAGAGUGAGGAGUUCCCCUCAAUAACUGACGAACCUUCUAUGUCUUCCUCUAUUAUCGAAACAACUGUAUUAAACCAAGACCACAAUAUCAACGAACAACAUAAUGUUACGGACAUAACUACCAAGAUUAAAAUACCCAAAAGAGCUUGGUCAGCAUACCAUUUAUUCCAUUUUCCAGACAACCUGAAGAACAAUUCCAUCAUCAACUCUCCAAAAUUGAUCAAAUCACCGAGGAUUCGACCAAAACCAAAAGACAUUUCAGAGGAAGAAGACGAGGACGAGGACGAAGAAGACGAAGAAGACGACGAACCAGUUGAAAUGGAACAGCUUAUAGCAAUGAUGCGAAACCACAAAGUAUCUGAUGAGACAUCCUCAUUCAACUUUAACUUUGGUACAGGUAAGACCAACAGUAGAAACAAGAUGCUAUCUAUCGCUUCUCCUCCACCACCACCGCCUUCACCAGCAUCGCAAUCAUCAAGCAGGAGCAACAACAACUGGUCUCCAUCUCCCGAGUUUAAGUUUUCGUUUUCAGCCAACAUACCACAAAAGAACCAUAAUUAUGUGGACUAUUAUGCAGAAGAAGAAGAUUUGGAGUUCUUUCAGGAAAAUCAGCAGCAGCAGCGAAAUCAAACUGCAAAUGCCACUGACUACCAUCAUCACAUUGCGCAUCGCAAGAUCCUACCUAUGCCAAAGCCUCGUUGGAAGAGAUCCAGUGAUAGCGACAGUGAUUCCAACAAAUCAAAGAGCUCCACCAACAGCAAUCAUAGCAGCACUAACUGCAACAGCACCAAAAUAUUUAAUAUACCAGCAGUGAAUGAAACGGCAGAUCAACGAGACAACUCAAAGAAACUGAAAUCAUCACCAAACGAUGCGAGUAUCGUCCAGCAUCCCGUCGUGGACAACAAACGAAAAGAGAGAAAUUGGAAGGAUCAUUUCGGCACCACGGCAGAAGUGGCUGAAUUCAGUAACCAUGAAUUCUAUGCUCUGGAUAAGAAGAAAUCGACCGUUCGCUUUGGAUCUCCCUUAAAGAAAGAAAUGGCAGUAAAUCAACGCUACUCGUCUGCACAACAGACAUCCCCGCCACCACCACCCGCUACUAGUGCUCUAUCCACGCCAGCUACUUCCGUCAAGUCAUCCAUCCCCUCGCCCACUGUAGCAGCCGCAGCCGUACUCUCCACUACCACUGUAAGAUCAGCAUCUACACUCGCCAUCAAAAAAUCGGUUCCUAAAAAAAAGGGGGGCAAAGUGCAGUCAUUACCACCACCUCCUCCACAGCCAAGCUCAUCUUCUCCAUCCACAUAUACCAAAAAGACUAAUAACAACACUACUACCACUACCAAGAAUAAGAAGAAAGCUUCCAGGAAGAAGUCGAAUAGAGAGGAAAUAGCGCCAGGCGGAUUUUUAUCGUCAGAUAUCACACUGUUUGAGAAUCCCAUUUCAUCGGAUGACUGGAUUUGUCUCUUCUGUCAGUACGAUAUCUUGAUGCUCGGUUAUGAAGAUGCAAAGAGAAAGAAUGGUUAUUACAAGAGACAACGCGAAAAGAAAAAGAGAAUUAAGGAUGCAGAGUUACGAAGAUUGGGCGGUGCCUUGAGUGAGUCUGAGGAGGAUUAUCAUGACCAUCAUCACCAUCACAAUGAAACCUGCAUUCGCAAACCUUUGUAA